AUGGGCGAUUCCUCCGAUGAUGUACACGAUGCCCACAGCAACACCUUUACAAUCUCUACCAAUCACGACACGAUAGCUGCUCCGGAGAGGAGACCUUCAUUCAACCAUCCUGAAAGCAUGAUGAAGCAACAGCCUUGUCUCGACAAUCCAACCGAUCCUUCACCCGAAUAUCAGCCUGCAUGUCAACAAGGAACAAUGAAUGAUCAAGCAACAUUGGCCGUGCCUGCAUUGAAUGGGUCACCAUGGCCAACAACGACGACAGAUGCUGAGCAACAAGCGGGCUCAUUAUGCGACACACAAGAUACACGUUCAUUGAGGAGCCGAAAGAGCAAGUUAAGCUUAGCGGAUGAAUCUUCAGAGCAAGAUAAAAAGCAUCAUCACGGCGAUAAGAAGCUGAGUAGCCAUACCAAAAAGGGAUUUCUCGAACGAAUUGGCCUUCGCAAGAGCAAAAAGCCAGUGGAAGAACAACAACAGCAACAUGAAGACGAGGAAGAAGAAGAAGGUCAUCAACACCAUCAAGAAACCAUCGACGAUCCUGAUGAAGGUGAAGUGAUUGCCGACGACACCGAUCAAACAGUUACCUCGUCUUCUUUAUCAUCAUCCACACCUGCACGCACUAGCAUCGACUCCAACCGAUCCGUACCUGCUGUACCACAUCCCAGUAUGUCAAGCAACCAACGUGAUGGCACCAGCCUAUUACCACAUAAGGGUAUACCAGUCAAGGUCAAGUCAAAGCACAAGGCAAAUCAGGAUUGGCCACCUUUUUUCUUGGCGCAAACACUCACUACCCUCCCGAGACCUCCACCACCUUCUUCUUCAGAUCGUGCAAGACGUCCUUCUCAUGAUGCUCAAGCCUAUCAGAACAAUCCUUACGGUGCUACUUGGACAAUGAAGUUUAGCAAGGAUGGCAAAUACCUCGCAUCAGCUGGUCAAUUCUGUAACGUGUAUGUUUGGCGUGUCCUUGAUGAAACGGCUCAGGAUGGUGAGAACUCCAUUGAUGUCUUUGAGGAUGUGCAUUACCGAGAAUAUCGUGGCCAUUUGGCGGACGUGUUGGACAUCAGCUGGUCAAAGAACAACUUUAUUGUUUCAGCAUCUAUGGACAAGACCGUACGAUUAUGGCAUGUCACUAGGGAGGAAUGUCUCGGGGUAUUUCCACAUUUGGACGUGGUUACAGCCGUAUCUUUUCAUCCAAAGGAUGAUCGCUUCUUCUUAUCAGGUUCUCUUGACAGUCGAUUGCGAUUAUGGAAUGUCCCCGAGAAGAAGGUGGCCUUUUGGAACGAGAUGCAAAAUGGCAGCAUGAUCACCUCUGUGGCAUUUACGCUUGACGGCAAGACGGCUUGUGCUGGAACACACAAUGGGCAAUGCUUCUUUUAUGAAACACAAGGGCUCAAAUACAACACGCAGAUCAACAUUCGUUUCGGCAAACGCACCUCCAAGAAAAGCAGGAAGAUCACUGGAAUUGAACCAAUGCCAGGAACGCUCCCAGGAGAUGAGAGGAUUUUGAUCACCAGCAACGAUUCUCAGGCACGGCUCUACAACAUGAAGGAUAAGAGUCUCAUGUACAAGUACAAAGGACCACACAACCUUUCCAUGCAAAUCAGGUCAUCUUUUAGCGACGAUGGUCAAAAUAUUGUAUGUGGAUCAGAGGAUGGCAAUGUCUACAUUUGGGUCACUCAACCUGUCACCUACUCGCCUUUUCACCUGUGGCCAAGCACCGAAGUUGCAUUGAGUCGAUUUGAUACAAACGAUGAACACCUUGUUCCGAGUACUCAGCAAAUGUCAACUUCACCACGUAUGACAUCAUGGCUGAAACGUGGAGGUGAACGUCGAGGAGCACACCAAGACAAGUUGCGUAUUCAGAGCGACUUUUUUGAAGCCCAUCAACACAUCACAACCGUUGCUGUGUUUGCACCUGCACGUACACGACAAGCGCUUGCUAAAUCAAAUCACGACAUUAUAUACAACCACACGCCUUUGGAUCCGGCCCUUGAAGAAUUACGACGUCGACGUUGGAAGGCCCAUACACAUGAAGAGAUGACGUUGAUGCGAAGAUCCUUUUCGGGUGGUGAUCAUCUUUUUCGACGUGCACAAGAUUUAUCAUCGGAUGAAGAAGAUGACGAGGAGCUGGAUAUUGAGGAUUGGAAUACGCUAAGGGAGAAUUACAACUUUCCCAAUGGGCACAUUAUCGUCUCGGCCAAUGAUACAGGAUGCAUCAAAGUAUGGCGUAUGGAUUCAGGUGUUUAUGAUGGUAGUGUCCAUGUCCGAUCACAGCAGAGACGCUCUCCCAAGAUGUGUCAUCGAAAAAGCAACAGCUUGGAAUUAUACGUGAACCAUGGCACUUCUACACAGAAGUCGGCUGAUUCUUCACGAUCUAAACGACCCCACCUUGGCCAUUUGUUCUCUUCCGUUGGUCGAUCCAACAAGUCAUGA